UGAUUUUUGACAAGUCACAGUCAAAAUUAAUCAUUUGAUCAUUUUAACCUAUAAAAUAUAAAAAAUUUAAUAUAUUUAUUUGCAGUUCUAUUUUGUGUACUAAUUUAUUGUAAUUUUUCAUUUGUAAUUUCUUGUAAUUUAAAAAAAAUGGUUUAAACUGAUUCUGCCUAAAAGUCAAGUAAAUACUAGUAAAAUGGGUCAAACAUUAUCCGAACCUGUUACUGCAAAAGACACUGCUUGCUGUCAAGAUUCUUCUUACAGAGUUGGUUCAAGUUGUAUGCAAGGAUGGAGAAUAAAUAUGGAAGAUUCUCAUACCCACAUUUUAUCCUUGCCAGAUGAUCCAAGUGCUGCAUUUUUCGCUGUUUAUGAUGGACAUGGUGGUGCUGAAAUUGCAGACUAUGCUGGGAAGCAUUUACAUAAAUUUAUAGUUAACCGACCAGAAUACAAAGAUGGCGAUAUCGCCGAAGCAAUGAGAAAAGCAUUUCUCGAGUUGGAUUCUCAUAUGCUAGACGAGGAAUCUUUAUUUAAUAAACCAUCUGGAACAACUGCCAUAACAGCUUUAAUAAAAGGUCAGAAAAUCUAUUGCGCUAAUGUGGGAGAUUCUCGAAUAGUAGCCAGCAUAAAUGGUCGAGCAGAAGCCCUUUCAGAGGAUCACAAGCCUUCUAAUCAAGGAGAAUACGAUAGGAUUACCGCCGCAGGAGGUUGGGUGGAUUGUAAUCGAGUUAAUGGGAAUCUGGCGCUAUCAAGAGCUCUGGGUGAUUUUGCCUUCAAAAGAAAUACCGAAAAGUCGGCAGAAGAGCAAAUUGUUACAGCUUUUCCAGACGUUCAAGAACAUAACAUAACAUUGGAUUGGGAGUUUAUUGUGCUAGCUUGCGACGGAAUUUGGGACGUAAUGAAUAACAAAGAAGUGGUUUCUUUUAUACGAGAAAACAUCGCUAGUGGACAUGAACCGGAAGAAAUAUGCGAAGAACUUAUGAUGCGUUGUCUGGCGCCCGAUUGUCAAAUGGCGGGUUUAGGAUGUGAUAAUAUGACUGUCGUGCUUGUAACUUUUCUUCAUGGGGACACUUAUGAAAAAUUGCAAGUCAAGUGCAAGCAAACGCCCGUUAAAGAUGAUAAUACCGCAGACUCGAAAGAUCAAAACAGUUGAGGUCUACUAGUCAGUUAAUUAAUUAGUUAUCGAGUGGAAUGUUAUAAAUAUUGAAUAAAUUAAGUAUUAAUAUUAAUUGAUUUAUUACUACAAUAAAUUAUUGAGAUAUUAGCAAUAAGACAUUAAUUAAAUUUAAGGGUGUUGUCAUUUUUUUGUACAUUUCUCUUAACAUUUUAUAUUUGCAAAUAGAAGAAUCGAGUAUCCGUAUGAAAUAUUAUGUAAAAAUGUAAAGUAUUGUUUAACUCUAGUAUCUAUAUUUAUACAUUUCUAUUCACUAACUGAGAUAAAAAUAAUAAGUAAAUAAUACUAAAACAG